ACUGUCGACCCUGAUUAAGAGCAGCACACUGGUCUCUGAGCUUCGGACUAAAUGGAAACUGCUGAGUUCUAUUACGUUUAUUAUUUAGCUCAAGAUUAUCUGCAGUAUGUGCUUCAGGAAUCACAUCUCGGACCAGCCCAAACCAGAGUUGCUCAUGUCUUGCGAAACAUUGCAUCUUCACUCCAAGAUCAGACAGAGGAGGCUCUCAGACCCUUCUUGGACAGGAUCGAUAUUACCUCCGUAGAUGUUGCCAAGAGAAUUUUCAAUGGAGUCAUGGAAGAAAAAUUUGCUGAUGGAAAUACUAACUGGGGACGAAUUAUGACCAUAUUUACUUUUGGAGGUCUUCUCACCAAGAAGCUUCAAGAGCACGGAGUUCAGCUCACUGGAGAGGAGAAGGAGAAGAUUUCUUAUUUCAUCACAGAGUACAUCAUAAAUAACAAAGCCGCAUGGAUAGAUGCAAACGGUGGCUGGGAAAACGGUUUCCUAACGAAGUUUGAAAGAAGAUCACCCCUAUCUUUCUCUACAAUUACAGACAUAUUUGCAGCUGUUCUUUCCUUGUUCAGAGAGUACCACUGAAAUAAAUGGACCUGCUUGCCGCCACAAGCUUCAUUGCUAAGUUUUCCUCCAAGCAGUAUCAACUAGAAAAUAACAUCCAUGCACAAUUUGUUUUUAAUUUAUUUCUAUUUAUUUUGACUAAUGCAAUGUCUAACAUACUCUCCUAAUUGUCAAACCUAAAGAAAAGAUGCUUCUAAAGAGGAAUCAACACUGCAAUGUGCAGCGAUGCAAGCCAACCUUUCCAGGCACAACUGCUUCAAGAGAGAGAGUCCUCUGCAUUCAGACAGUUCUUGGAAUCUCUGUUGCACCUCCAAUGACAGGACAUUGUCUUACUGAAAUACAAUCCAAUGGGUUAGGAAACAAGUUUUAAUCUCAUUUGUUUUGUAAAUGAAAUAGUACUGUAAUGCAUUUUUAUUGCAACAUUUGUAUAAGCAAAGGGUGGGGGGAGGGGGGGUUCUGUGGAGAAAGAAAGGAAUGCAAAUUGCAGUGUAAAAGUGGGUACAAGUUACUGAUCCAGACAAAGCAGUCUUUAUGGGAAGAACAACUUGUGGGAGCUAGCAGUUUAAAAACGUGCACUCACUUACUGUUAAUGCAAUGGUAUGUGUUUCUUUGUUCUAUUUUUAAUUGCUCAUAUCUACACUGACUGUUCCUUUGAAAUUUUGUGAUGCAGUCACCUGGCUGGACUUUUUAAAACUCGAUUUUUUUAAACAGAGAAGUACAAAUUAUUCUAAUUUUUUUACAGUGUAGCUACACUAAUAUUUUUGGAAAAACAAAAUUAAAAUGUGUAUUUUCAAAUCUUA